AUGCUAUCUAUUUAUUCUGAUUAUUCAAGCCCUAAGUGUAAAAGUAAGAAAGAUAUUACUCUCGAUAAAAUAAAUCGCAAAGCAAUAACAAAAUAAAAAAGGAAAACUCUAUAAACGAAGAAAAAAUCUGAACAAUCUCUUAAAUAAGCUUAUCAAAAUCAAUAAAUACUGAAAUAAUAGACUUAUAGUAUCAGCUAAAUAAAAAAUAUAGGUCAAUAGAUAAGUUCAAUUCAAUGCAAUCAAAGACCUUUGGGAAGAUUAUUUAUUGAUGAAUUUACUAUGAAUUAUAUGAUUUAGGAAAGGAAAAUUACUCCUGAGUUUGUUGAAUGUAAAUUAUAACCAACAAACUUUUUUGAUGAUGAAAAUGAACUUCCAAAAAUAAUUGGUUUUUAUUCACAUGAAUUAUUACAAUUUUAAAAUAGUUUUCCAGUACAAACUUAGCAAUUAAAUGAAAGAAAAAAAUUCGAAAACUCUCUAUGCUCCCCUUAUGAACGUAUAAGCAUAUCGUCUUAAAAUAGUAAAUUAAUCAAAAUAUCCAAAAAAUGGAAUUAUGAUUUCCUUCGAAUGAUGGGAAUAAAUCAAUAAAUUAUUGAUGAUUAUAUAUCUAAUAAUAAUUUAUUACCAAAAUGUUGGGAUUAAUGUAAAAUAUUUUCAAUAAAUGGUGAGUCUUAUUUUACCACAAAUAUCAUAAAUUACUAGGGGGAAAAAUUCGUUUCUAAUGUUCAAAUAAAAAGAUUUAUAGAAUAUAAUUAAAAUGCAUCCAUUCGAGAGUAAGUCAUUUAUGCCAUAUUCUAAUGUGAAAGGCAAUUUCUAAGUGUGUAGAAAAUUUAAGCAAAUUUUUAACAUUAUUUUAAUUUACAACAAAUUCCUCCUGAUUGUUAUUUUUCAAUCCAUAAAUCAAAAAUUGUUAAGAGAUGCUCAUUUAGAAAAAAAGCUAAUUGA